UCGUCUGCGCAUGCGUCCGGAGAAGCCCUGACAGACGUAAGAUGGCGGCGUCUCUGCUGCGGUGUCUGCGGGUCGGUGCGGGUCGCGCGUUAAACGGUAUCAAACCGGCACCAUGUCUUGUCCAGACUCAGGCCCGGAACCAGAGCUCCGAAAACAAACCCACCGUCCGGCCGGCAGACUCUGUGGUGCACAAUCAGCUGUCGGCCUUCGGGGAGUAUGUGGCCGAGAUCCUGCCCAAGUACAUCCAGCAAGUCCAGGUGACGUGUUUUAACGAGCUGGAGCUGAUGAUUCACCCAGACGGGGUCAUCCCGGUUCUCACCUUCCUCAGGGACCACACCAACGCCCAGUACAGGAACAUGAUCGACCUGACGGCUGUGGACAUCCCCACACGGGCAAACCGCUUUGAGAUCGUGUAUAACCUGCUGUCUCUGCGCUUUAACUCUCGUAUCCGAGUGAAGACGUACACAGACGAGCUGACCGCGCUCGACUCCGCUGUGCCCGUCCACAAAGCCGCCAACUGGUACGAACGCGAGGUGUGGGACAUGUACGGCGUGUUCUUCUCGAAUCAUCCCGACCUGAGGCGGAUCCUCACAGAUUACGGCUUCGAGGGACAUCCCUUCAGGAAGGACUUCCCCCUGUCCGGAUACGUGGAGGUUCGGUACGACGACGAGCUGAAGCGGGUGGUGGCCGAGCCGGUGGAGCUGGCGCAGGAGUUCCGGAAGUACGACCUGAACACGCCGUGGGAGGUUUUCCCCGCCCACAGGGACAAGACCACGCCCUCUCUGCCCAAGGGGGAGGAGCCAAAGUGACGAGCCACGCCCCCUCCUGUGUUUAUUUAAUCCUUUUACUCAUUGUAUCUGUACAUAACAAUAAAAACACAAAUGGA